AGAAGAAGAAGAAGAAGAACAAGAAGAAGAAGAAACAGUUCAAGAAAGAAAGAAAAAAUAGAAGCAGAAGCAGAAGAUUACAUACAUCAACAUUAUCAUUCGAACGAAGUAGUGGAGAUGACAAGUUGAGAUCUGAGGAAUCGAUGGGAAUUUACUACAACAAUAACCUGAUCACUCGAGGAGACUGUCGAUAUCGAGAAGCUCAGUCCACCGAACCAGCGGACAAGGCCGAGGGGGAAAUAACACGAGAGGAGAAGAAGAAGAAGGACGAGAAGAAGGAGAAGAACAAGGAGAAGAAGGACAAGAAGAAGACAGAGAAGAAGCCAAUUAAAAAGAGACACAAGGAGGAGAUGGUGGUCACCAAUCUCGUCAGUCUGCCGGUCGAGGUCAUCGAGCUCAUCGCAGGCUAUGUGGCAAUCCAAGUGCCCUACCAACCACCGAGCAGUCUACUCAACUUCACCCUCAUCAACAAACGGAUUUAUCACUUGCUGAGACCAGAACAGAACGACCAACUAUACGCUAACAUCUUCAGGAACUUAUUCGACAUCCAAGCACUCGAACGGCGUCUCAGAGGCUCCUAUAACCCCUUCUCGACCAAUCCUACUAAAAAUACUCACUCCAUCUCAUCUUAUUCAACAUCAACUAGACAACAUGACUCUCAUACCGAUGAGCAGAAGUAUCAGUCGUCCUCGGAAGGUACGAAUCCGGAUAGCAAUCCUAACAAGACUCAAAACGACGAUGAGAGCGGAAAGCGUGGAAUUCAAGACGAGCAGCAUGCUGACGAACCAACUGAAGAUGGACGAGUCGAGGAUAAUCAAGAUUCGGGAAACAAGGAUGUCAUAAAUGAGGAUGGCGGUGGAAGUGGCUGCGGUGGCACAAGUGGCGGGGAAGAAGAGGACCCAAAUGGAAGAAACUGUACAGGAUACUCUCAAGCCACAGUUCACGAAUCAGAAUCAGAAUCAGAAUCAGAACCAGAAUCAGAAUCAGAAUCAGAAUCAGAAUCAGAAUCAGAAGGAGAACGGAGAGUCAGAAUCAGAAUCAGAAGGAGAACGAGAAGAGAGGAGAGAGACGAGGAGCAGGGAAGGAUCUGGACUGUGUAAUAGCCAUCUGGCAUCGGCCUACUUCGAACGACUGGGCCUGUUCCGUCGGAUGCGAACGUUUGCCAGCCAUCCGGCUCCGACUCAUCCUGAUGGCCGACGCUCAACCGACCUGGAACCAUACAAGGAUCAACGCUCAUUCCCUCAACCUGGGAAUCAGUUCAUGAGCCUGAUCUCCCGUGACCUAUGGCUCAUCUAUCUCAUGGUCCUCGAAAAUGACGGUCGCAACUGGUCUCAGCUGCUCAACUCCGGCAACAUCACUGGCUUCCUACUUAAUUAUUCCCAUUAUGAAAUAAACCCAUCAGCCAUAUCACCAGGCUAUCCGAUCGAGCGUCCCGAAAUCGCAAUCGCUCUACGUCUGUGUCAUCUAUUCUUGGACUUACAGCAGGAGGAAUCCGAGUCCCAGCCCCGGUCUAACUCGGCUUCCGAAGGCGCUGGUUAUUGGACUUCCGAGGCUGGAAUCGAGACGUAUUUGUUUGCGUUGAAACCGUACACUCUUGCAGCUCAUCAAUAUGACGUGGCUUAUGCACCCUGGUCGAUCCGUCAAUUACCGAUCGACUUCUCAUCUCCAGACGUUUCAAGAGUGCUACAAAAAAAGUUGACUGAGCGGGAACUGGCGACACUGGCGCCCAUGAGGUGGGGUCACUCGCAGACAGAUACUAGACGGCUAAAUGUGACAUCGAACCAGACUUCAAUCAAUAGAUCUACUUCGAAUGGACGCGCCUCAAGAAUUGAUAACGAACCAUCCUCAUCCUCCGAGCGUGGUCAUCUGUUCCAGUCCCCCGUGCAACGAUAUUCUGAGCUAGCCUACAUGGGCAAGCUCUUUAGGAUUCUUCCACCCUUACACAGUCAUGUGGCCUUGCUGAGCUUCUUCUGGUGUAACAUCCGCCACAAUGACUCAGCUGAGACGCAAGGCUCGGAGGUCGAAGACCAGCUGGAGUUUUUCCUGAGGAGGAUGCGGAGCGUUCUGAAGAUGACGUCGGUGGAGUACGACCGGGAGUUCGUCCGGCAGACGAGCUGUUUGGAUCCCUUCCUCUCCCCAGGCUUGCAGUUCGACUUCUACCAGGGUUGUUUCAGGGGCGGAUGGGAGGGCCAGUUCGGGUUCUACGACCUUUCGAACUAUCGGCUGAUGCUCGAAGGCCGGAUCGAGUCCGUCUACGAGGGGCGAUAUGGGGACCAGAACCAGGUGUUCAAAGUCCAGGAGUUCAUCGUCCGGGUCCGCGACGACCAGCCGGUCGAGUUCCUGGGCGACUCUCGGGAGAAGUAUCUUGAGCCUCGACGGUCCGCUGGCGGCUUUGAGGCCGAAGAAAAGGACGAUCGUCAUCACACGCGUUCAGAGGAGCCCCUGGAGAGCGAGAUCGAGCGUCUGAGUCAGAUGAAAUCCUUGCUCUAUCCCACCCCGAUCGACUCGAUCCUCGUCAACUACGAUCCCACCGAACAGUACGAACUCCAGAUCCAUGGGGCUGGGCAUUCCUCCUGGGGCCAUUUCAAAGUUAAGGGUCGGGUCCGGGCUUGGGACGGGAUGGUCACCUUCCUCAAGAUUUACGAUACCGGUCGUAAUGGUAGAUGGCUCUAUCGUGGCUAUCAUACUUCUGGUAACAUGAUCGUCGGGAGAUGGAGAGAUACAUUAACUUCAGUGAACUUGGAUGGUUAUGAGGGAGCAUUUGUAAUGUUCACCAGAAAUUAAAUCCAUCAUCCUCUUUCUCUUCCUUUUUCUCAGGUUAUUUACCUGAUUUUUUUUUUUUUUGCUUUCUUGAUCAUCGUUAUUUGUGUUCAUUCAUUGUUUGUUUGUUUGGUUUCUUUUCUUCUGCAUUCUUAUGAGUAACUUAUUGAUUCCAUCCAAGUUUGACCUCAACUCUUUAUAUUCCUCCAUCAUUUUUUUGUUCUGUUUUUGUGUCUCAUGAUGAUGAUCUUCUUUUCUUCAUUGUAUCUGUAUCUUCUUUUUAAUUUAUCAUCUCUUUCAUUCUGUGUUGGUGUUUUUUUAUUUUGCAAUUAGGUGAACAUAUACAUACAUACAUACAUACAUACAU